CACACACUUCGCUCUCUUUCCCUUCGUCGAGCCAUCCAUCACCUCCCUUCUCCUUAUUCUAACCGCUUCGCCUCCUCUCUCCUCUCUUCCUACCCCUCUUCUUCUAUUCCUUCUAGGGUUUCUUCUUUGCUCUUCUCGCUUCGCUUCGGACGCCGCAACCCAAACACUUUGCUCUGCCUCGCUUUGUCUCCUCCGACGAGCUGAUCUUCUUCCCCCUUUUCUGGUGUUCGUUUACCUUCUUUCUGUUUCUUCUCCUCCUACUUCUCGCCGGAUUUGAUUCAUUUUGCUGCCUGUUUACUUUUCGCUAUUCUUUUCAUCGUUUCUGGUGCUGGCGGGUUGCUGGCGGGCUAAAGAUCGCAUCUUCUGCGGUGGGUCAAUGGCGACUAUGAACGGUGAUUCUAGGGUUUCGAGGAGGGACAGAGACUCCUCGCUCGUGAGCCAAGGGAGCGGCUCGACUCAGGAUGUCGAGGAGGAGCCGAGUGCGAGGAGUGCCAAGGUGGGGUCUUAUGCUUCUGAUUUUUCGGAUGCGGACUCCGGCAUGGAAUCUGACGAGUUUGAUCCGGCGGAGCUUGGUGAGCCAGGAACUCAGUUGUGCCAGGUGGGAAACCAGAGUUUUAGCGUUCCACUCGAACUCUAUUACCUGUCCGGCUUGGGCACAGUGUUGUCUUUGGAGACGUGGAACGAAUGUCUCUCGGAGGACGAGCGCUUUGUGUUGGCCGAGUACCUCCCGGAUAUGGAUCAUGAGACGUUUGGAUGCACUCUUAAAGCGCUGUUUUCUGGGGAAAAUUUUCACUUUGGGAGCCCGCUUGAUACUCUAUUCACUCAGUUGAAAGGAGGGCUCUGUGAUCCGAGGAUUGUUCUUUAUCGUCGAGGUUUGAGUUUCUUACAGCAGCAUGAAUACUACCAUAACCUGUGUAAAUAUCAUAAUUCUAUGGUAAGGCGUCUUGUCCGCACAAGGGAUGCAUGGAAAAAGUGUGUUGGAUAUGGUAUUGAAGAAAGACUUCGGAUACUCAAUAUCCUGAGGAGUCAGAGGCUUUCAAGCUAUGUUGGAAAUGUUGAUGUUGGUUUUGAGAUGGAUUCAGAGAGUGGGGAUUCUAAUAACUGGUAUUUGAAUAAACGGUUUAAGAUAGGCCAGCCGUUUGUGAAACCUGAAUUUGAUAUCAUACCUCAUGAGAUCGGCAUGACUUAUCAGUCAGUAAACCACAAAAAAGAGUCCUCAAAAGGAGUUCUAAAAGUUUCCCCUUCUAACGCUUUAGCGCAGGAAUGCAUUGGAUCAUCACAUGGGUAUCCUUCAGCCUUGAAGCAAGGAUCAAAGCAGAAUAAAUUUGCAGGGCAUGAUGUGGUAGCAUCCAAAAGAGCUAGAGAUCGUAUUAGCAAUGACCAUGAUGAUAAUGAAGAAGGUUAUUUGCCUUCACAAGGAGUCUGGGUUGCAAAAAAUGCAGGUGCAGUGGCCAGAACUAAUCUGAUGAUAUCAGGAAAGAAACAAGGACUACAAAAAAGAUAUGAUACAGGCAUGCACAGUGAUGAAGAUCCUGACAUCUGUAACAAUUUUAGCCAGAGUUGUGGAAGAAAAUCGAAUUCAGACCAAGCAAUAAAUUUAUAUACUGAGCAGACCAAAGCUAAAUACUUUGACAGGGCUUGGGUGUUUCCUUCAACUUGCACAGACGGUAAGCACAAGCUAACUGAUUCCAUGCAGUUAAAUGAGAUGCAUGAGGAAGCCAUUUCCUUGAGCCAUUCAGCUAAAUCAGAUAGGAUUGACAAAGAUUACAGGGCUGAUAAAUCUGGCGCUGCUUAUGCAUCAAAAAAUAAGUUGUAUAAACAUUCUCUAAUACAAACGUGUAAUUCGCAUAUUCAAAAGGAUUCUAGAACCAGGAUACCCCAGGAGUGGACUAAUGAGAUGCAGUAUGAGAAUAAGUGUACAAUAUCUGGAAGUGAGAAGACAGAAUCUAAUUCAUCUGAGCGGGUUGAAGAUCACAGGUUAACAAAUGCUGUUAGAAACCCAAAAAAGCUCAUGAAAUGUGAUAAAAAAGGCUAUACUGGCUUCCCUGAUGUGAAUAAAAGUGCACAAACACCUGACUCAAAUUCCAUGAAAGCGAAGAAUGGAAGACCAAGAAAAAAGACACUAGUAGAACACCGAAGUGCAAAGCUGACAAGUGCAGAAAAGAGGCACAAAGGGAUGGCUGAUGUAAAUAAUUCUCCGGUGCAAUCUUUGUAUGCUGAUGAUUAUGCUACUGGGAUGAGGGAUGAACAUGGCAUGCGGAAGUCACGAAGGAGCAAGAAAUUAAUCAACAAAUCAAGGAACAUGAUGGUUGAUGGUCCAAGGAUUGAUGCUGCUCAAGAAAGAUCAAGCAUGCCACUUAUAAGUUGCAAUACUUUGUCAAAGAAAUCAAAACAGAAAGUCAAUGGUCAUCCCUUGAGUGAGCAAGAUGAACCUGUCCACCAACAGGACAGUCCUAAACUGCAGGUUGAUGGCCAUGUUGUUACCAGGAAGAGUAAAAGGAAAGCAGAUGCUGAAACUGAGAUGCUGAAUGGCAUUAAUCUGGAUUUGGUAGUGUCAGGGAAGGCUUCAGGAGAUGGUGAAGCUAAGGCAAAGCCACAGAAGAAACCAUUUCCCCUUAUCACCCCAAUUAUUCACACUGGAUUUUCAUUUUCCAUCAUACAUCUUCUUUCAGCCGUAAGGAAGACAAUGAUUACUCCUCUUGUGGAAGAUACUACACUGAUAGCCUCCCAUCAUGACGACGACAAUGGACGGAAAAGUUUCACAGAUGAUCAGCACAAAAUGCAUCAAAUAACAAAUGACAUUCAUAUUUCUCAAUCAUUUGAGAAUAUGGACAAACAUUCUACAGGAUCUAUAGGGCAUCUCUCUCACACAGUUCAAGAGAUUAUUGAUCAAGUUAGAUCAAACCCAGGAGAUCCAUACAUUCUUGAAGCACAGGAACCACUUCAAGAUUUAAUCCGAGGAGUUCUGAAGAUUUUUUCAUCUAAAACAGCACCACUGGGGGCAAAGGGUUGGAAGCCCUUAGUAUCAUAUGAGAAAUCAAACAAAAGAUGGUCAUGGGUAGGCCCUAUUGCUUCUACCUCAGACAAUGAUAAUGGAGAAGAAGAAACUUCUGCAGAUGCAUGGGGAAUCACUCACAAGAUGCUGGUAAAGCUGGUUGAUGCUUUUGCUAAUUGGCUUAAAAGUAGUCAAAUGACACUCCAGCAGAUUGGAAGCCUCCCACCUCCUCCUGCUUCAUUGCUUUUGAACGUGGAUGAGAAGGCAAGGUUCAAAGAUCUAAGAGCCCAAAAGAGUCUGAAUACUAUUAGUCCCAGCUCUGAUGAUGUAAGAGCAUAUUUCCACAGAGAGGAAUUUUUACGGUUUUCUAUUCCAGAUAGAGCCUUUUCCUAUACAGCUGCUGAUGGGAAAAAAUCUAUUGUUGCUCCACUAAGAAGGGGUGGUGGAAAGCCAACCUCAAAAGCUCGGGAUCAUUUCAUGCUUAAACCAGAUCGACCACCACAUGUUACCAUUCUUUGUCUUGUUCGAGAUGCAGCAGCCAGACUUCCUGGUAGCAUAGGAACAAGAGCAGAUGUUUGUACCCUAUUAAGGGACUCUCAAUACAUUGUUGAAAACAUCUCUGAUGCACAAGUGAACCAAGUUGUGAGUGGGGCUCUAGAUAGGUUGCACUAUGAGCGUGAUCCUUGUGUGCAAUUUGAUAGCGAAAGAAAAUUAUGGGUUUAUUUACACAAGGAUAGGGUAGAAGAGGAUUUUGAGGAUGAUGGCACUUCAUCCACUAAAAAAUGGAAAAGACAAAGAAAAGAUUCCCUUGAUCAAUCAGACAUAGGAGCAGUUAAUGACGUCGAUGGCGCAGCAUUGAUUGCUGGUGGCUCUUCCGCUGGCUUGGAUGAUGAUCAUGAUCUCAUGGUUCUCACAUCACCAAUCAGAGCUGCGGCUGAAGAUGCUGGUUUGAAUAUAGAUAAUGCUAAUGCUUUUAUUGAUUCUACCACUAUCACAAAGGACCGUGGUAACUGGGAAGGUCUGGCAUUGAAUCCAUUGAGGCAAGACAGAUUAAUAUGUCAGGAGAACUCUACAGAUGAUUUUGAUGAUGGAACAUUUGGUCAAGAACAACCUAUAAUCCUUCAGUAUGACCUUAUUAUGAAGAAUGGAUCAAAGUAAACCCUUAUCAGCUUGUUUAUGAUAG